AGGCGCCGGGUUUGCGACCGGCCCGCCCCGCACCGAGGCUUUGAUCGCGCACCAGGCAGUGCUUUCCGCUUAAAAAAGCUGGCCCGCGCGGCACCACCGGACGCCAGCGCUCGUCCCGCGACGCGUUUUGCACGUAUCAAGCUGCCCCGGCGCCGCCACGCCGCGAGGAACUGCCAAAAAAUAAGUGCAGCAAACUACUGGGCGCAGCGCCCCCGACGCCGUCGCCGCGCCCCAUCAAUUGACACACGCAUCGAUCAAAAUGGCCUCCUUCCCCCGCCCGCCGGGCAUGGGCGAGACGGGCAUCUUCACGCCGGGCGUCGGCGGCUGCGGCGCGGAACUGAAACGAUUUCAAGCGCUGCAGGGCUGCAACAAGCGAGCUGCUGAUCAAGAGAUGAAAAGAGGCGCGCUGCUCGUAGGACUAGCGCGGAAGGGCGACGUCGACCGGUUACACUUGGCCGUGAGAUCGGGACCGAGACCGUGGUUCUGGUUCUCGUGCCAGAUGUUCAAGGAAGCGGCCGUUAAUGGGCAGAUCAAAAUUCUGAAGUACAUGCUCGUGCAUGGCAUUCAGCUCGACCGGCCGCCUUUGGACGAGUGCCUGUGCACGUUAUGUGAAGCCUGUGACGAUACGGACGGGGGUGCGAGUGUCGUGGCCGCGGCGCGUUACUUAGUUACACAAGGCGGCGCCGACGUCAACAAGGUACGAAGGAGGGACUGGCGCGGGCCUCUUCACAUUUGUUCUGUGAGGAAUUUGCAUGAGCUAGGGGCGUUCCUAGUGGACGCGGGCGCGGACGUCAAUGCCGUUGCUAAAGACGACUCGACGCCUCUCGGCUUAUGUGCAGAGGGUGCGUUAAUGGACGUCUUGAAAGCGCGAGGCGCGCGUACGACGUGGCGGCGCGAUGCCGAACCGACGCAACCGCCGCCUCCGCAAAAGAAGCGCACGGCGCCGCUCGUCACUGCCGGAGCGACGGCAUCCUCGACCGUGGUCGAGGACGGUCACGUGCGGCCCGAGCGCAAGCUCACGUCCAAGACCACCAAAGAAAUUAGUGCGGAGGUCGCGCGCGAGCUCGCAUCGUUGGAAAUCGACGAGGGCUUCCGCUUCGACACGGGCAUGGGCCCCGACGACCUCGUGCCUUCCAUCAGGUUCGGGCCCGUGGAUAAGAGCUAGUCACAUUAGU